UUUCUUCUUUUUUCUUUCUUUUUCUUUUUCUUCUUCUUCUUCUUUUUUUCUUUCUUCCUUCAACCUUAAUUCCUAUCCGAAAACCCCCUCUACCAACCACCAACUGCCGUGCGACAGUCAGCACCAAUAAUCCCCAGUCCAAGUCAAAGACCAAACAAGUUCAAGACCCAACAGAUAUCUACAUCAAGAGCCACCAUGCUCUUCAACGUGACUCUCAAGAAGGACGCUCCCCCGGAGGAGUUGGAAAGAGCCAAGGAAGAAGCCAGAAAAUCCGGCGGGACCAUCAAGCACGAGUACACCUUGAUCAAAGGAUUCACCGUUGAGUACCCCGAUGACCACAUCAAAGUCCUCGAAUCCACCGAACACCUCCACGUCGAGCAGGACGGCGAGGUCCGCACACGAUAAACAGCCAGCCCCCGCUACAACCUUAACUUUCUUUCCUUUCCUCCGCAGCUUAAAAAAAAAGAAAAAAAAAAAAAA